UCGGAAAAUAACUCCAUAUCACGGAAAUAAUAUCCACCGCACGUCGCGCGUGUCAUGAAACGGAUGUAACUCAUUAAAUAUGUAUAUCCGAUGCUUGGCUAUCGUCAAUAUCCAAAAACGCGAGCGUAACAUAUGUCGGGCUCUAGGCCGUUUAUAAAAGGAACAACAGAGUUUAAAAGUCAGAAGUUGCGCAAUGAGCGACAAGUUGAGCGAUCGUUCAUAGAGCAGCAAUUUCAGCUCGAAUGAGUAUCGUUGACAAGACUUUCCGUACGCCGGAAACAGCGACUCUUUGUUCUGCGGAUUUGCAGGAAUCAACUUUUCCAACGGCACCACUGUGGCCUUUAAAACUUUGACAUAACCUCAAACUACGGGAGUGCACAUCGAGCAUCGCUUGUUGUAAAUUAUUAACACAUUCGUUACCAGCGAGACUUCUCUCACUUCAGAAAGUGUUUCCCUGCAACAACUGAUAAUUUCAUUCUACAUGAUGUCAGACGACGAGGAUUACAUGUCUGACAAAUUCUUGCUGGGCUCUGAGAAAGAUGUCCCACCAAGCCUCAUACACAGGCACUCUGACAAAAGAGAGCAUGCGUUAAUGAAGAAGAAGGCUGAAAUUGAAUCAAGAAUGAAGGAGAAGAAUAAGUCAAUGCGAGUAGUUGAGGCAGAAAAAAGAGAAGAAGGAUUAUCAUCUGCUAUCAACAGUACUAAUAAAGGUUUCGAAAUGCUAAUGAAGAUGGGAUAUAAACCUGGGAAAGGCAUAGGCAAAACUCAGUCAGGGAUGGUCGAGCCGAUUCCCGUGGAAGUAAAGGGCGACAGGCAGGGUUUAGGCAAAACACUAAAGAAAAAUGAAUCGUGUAAUCGCAAGAACGCGAAUGCAAAAUUGGAUAAUAUGAACACGACGUAUUUCCGUAGCAGAAUAGCGCAAGAAAGGGCUGAGCAAUUGCAGAAGAUUGAUAUAUUCAAAAGCCAAAAAGUAUGCCAAGAAUUGGACACUAAAGAGAGCAUCAAAGAACCUGAGGAAUCGUGGUUCUGGCCACAAAGUAAGGAAGAAAAGACUGACGAUAACACCGAUCAGGAUCAACAGUCGAAUGACGCUGAUACAGACGACGAAGACCUUAGCAAUCUGGAGAAACUCGAGAUUCUCACCAAAUAUUUAAGGAAGAAACACUUUUAUUGCAUUUGGUGUGGAAUGAAGUUCGACGACGAGGACGAUUUAAGAGACAAUUGUCCGGGGAAUACGAGAAACGAUCAUUGAAUGUAAAUGACGAGUGUAAAGAGGCGUAGAAAUUUUUACCGAUGCUAAACAGCGAAGAACUCUGAUACCGAUCAAUUGUCGACACGUUGCUGUAAAAUACAUUUCCUUUUGUUUAUUUUGUUUAUUUUGUCGAAUGUACUAUAAAUAUUUUUCGGAAUAUAACGUAAAUAUAUAUCGCGA